AAAGGAUCCGUUUUCAGCAUGUCAUCCUUUCAGAUGCAUUAACGCAAACCUGCGCUUCCGGUUUCCAGCAACACAGGGGCGGGAUUGGUUGUGGGUGGGACGUGUACCUUUUUUGUGAGCGUAAGAUUGCGUACAAGAAAAAUGGUCGAGAGUUAAAGAAAAUGGGUAAAGGAAGAGCAAACAUCAUCCAGCACCGUCAUCGUCGGGAUGGGCUGGUGUGCGCCUGAGCGUUGGUGUGUAUCGCGCACAAACAUUCACACACAUACACACACAUUGGCAUACGCACAUUCUCAUCCAACCAUCCCGUUCUCAUCACAAUCAGCCUAACCCCGCAUCCCGUUCUGCUCCUGCCGUGUGUACUAGAGUGGUUCUCGAGAAGGCGCCACUGUUUACGAAACAGCCGCCACCGGGCGACAGACCCCCCAUCGGGGAAGAGGGCACCUCAGUAGUAGUUCUGGGCCCUUUUAUGCUGGAGAUGUAUGCGAGCAUCUUAAGAAAACAUCAGCGAACACUAAAGAGCAGCGUUGCUACUGGUCGCCUCAACUACAAUCAACUAUCAACAACCAACCAUUAAACAUUCGAUAGCAUUCAAUCCUUUUUGGGGCUGUGGUGACAACACGCCACCCACCAUGGCGGAUCUUACGAGACCGCCCCUGUGUGACAUCAAGCGACCCGAGGAAGUGGUGAAAAUGUCGAUGACGGACAACCUCAAGUUCGCGGUCCUGAUCGGGCUGAUUGAGGUGGGCCAGGUGUCAAACCGGGAGGUCGUCAACACGGUACUGCAUCUGCUUGUUGGUGGCGAAUUCGACAUGGAGCUGAACUUCGUCGUGCAGGAUGCACAAAACGUGAAACACAUGCUCGAGCUGUUAGAUCACUGCCCGGCAAACCUGCAGGCGGAGGUGUGGAGUGUGUUCAUAGCGAUACUGAAGAAGAGCGUACGGAACCUGCAGGCCUGUACGGAGAUCGGACUGAUCGAGCAUGUGCUGGCACGUUUGCAGCAGGCCGAACCGAUCGUAGCGGAUCUGUUAAUCGAGAUGCUCGGUGUGCUCGCUAGCUACAGUAUUACGGUGAAGGAGCUAAAGCUACUGUUCGGUGCGAUGAAAGCAGUCAACGGCAAAUGGCCCCGUCAUUCGGCUAAGCUGCUUAAUGUGCUAAAACAGAUGCCGCACCGUAACGGGCCGGACGUGUUUUUCAGCUUUCCCGGGCGCAAGGGUUCGGCAAUCGUGUUGCCACCUUUGGCUAAAUGGCCAUACGAGAACGGAUUUACCUUCAGCACUUGGUUCCGGUUGGAUCCGAUCAAUUCGGUUAACAUAGAGCGUGAAAAGCCCUACCUAUACUGUUUUAAAACGUCCAAAGGAGUCGGGUACACGGCACACUUCGUGGGCAACUGCCUGGUACUAACGUCCAUGAAGGUGAAGGGCAAGGGUUUCCAGCACUGCGUGAAGUACGAGUUUCAGCCGCGCAAGUGGUACAUGAUUGCCAUUGUAUAUAUCUACAACCGGUGGACGAAGAGUGAGAUCAAGUGCCUGGUGAAUGGCCAGCUAGCGUCGAGCACGGAAAUGGCCUGGCUAGUGUCGACAAAUGAUCCGUUCGACAAGUGCUACGUUGGGGCUACCCCGGAACUGGACGAGGAGCGUGUGUUUUGCGGGCAGAUGGCCGCAAUUUAUCUCUUCUCGGAGGCACUGACCACGCAGCAAAUCUGUGCAAUGCAUCGACUCGGCCCGGGUUACAAGUCCCAGUUCCGCUUCGACAACGAGUGCUAUCUGAAUCUGCCGGACAACCACAAGCGGGUGAGUGAGGCAAAAGCUAUCAUUUCGUCGCUUUCUCCAACGCCACUGGCUCCGACCGAGUCAACCAUUCAUAGAAAUCUAGUUAGCGGCAGCACUGCUGCUGCUACCGCUGCUGCCGCCGCUGCUACCGGUGCCGCUGCUGCUGACCACAACCCGUCCUCGUUUUCCUCAUCCUCGACCGCGGCUUCGGCCAGUUCCGGUGUUGCGCUUGCUUCCGCUGCCCCGGGCUCCGGUGGCGAACCGUUUGAUUUAGUAUCCGUGCUGUACGAUGGUAAACUGUCGAGUGCUAUCGUCUUCAUGUACAACCCGGUCGCAACGGACGGUCAACUGUGUUUACAAUCGGCUCCCAAGGGCAAUCUAUCGUACUUCGUACACACACCGCACUCGCUUAUGCUGCAGGACGUAAAGGCUGUCGUUACCCAUUCCAUCCACUGUACGCUGAAUUCGAUCGGCGGUAUACAGGUGCUGUUUCCACUGUUUUCGCAACUUGACAUGCCUUACGAAGGCACCGAUGUGCGAAAGGAUCCGACACUUUGCGCCAAGCUGCUUGGAUUCAUCUGUGAGCUUGUCGAAAGCUCACAAACGGUACAGCAGCACAUGAUACAGAAUCGAGGAUUUCUGGUGAUAUCGUUCAUGCUGCAACGUUCCUCCCGCGAUCACCUAUCGUUAGACGUGCUGGGAUCGUUUCUGAGUCUUACCAAGUAUCUGGUGACUUGCCUGUCCGCCAACUCGGAUCUCUUGCUCAAACAGCUCUUCUGUUUCUCUUUCCUCACCUGGCAGCUGCUAGAUCACGUGCUGUUCAAUCCCUCGCUGUGGAUCUACACGCCGGCUACGGUGCAGGCACGCCUGUACGCGUACCUGGCGACGGAGUUUCUUAGCGAUACGCAAAUCUACAGCAAUGUGCGGCGCGUUAGCACGGUCCUGCAGACGGUCCACACGCUCAAGUUCUACUACUGGGUGGUGAAUCCGCGGGCGAAGAGCGGCAUCACGCCCAAGGGCUUGGAUGGGCCGCGACCGGCCCAGAAGGACAUACUGGCGAUCCGUGCUUACAUAUUGCUGUUCCUCAAGCAGCUGAUCAUGAUCGGUAACGGUGUGAAGGACGACGAGCUGCAGAGCAUCCUUAACUACCUGAUGACGAUGCACGAGGAUGAAAAUCUGCACGACGUGCUGCAGAUGCUCAUUUCGCUCAUGUCCGAGCAUCCGAGCUCGAUGGUGCCGGCGUUCGAUGUGAAGCAUGGUGUGCGCACGAUCUUCAAACUGCUUGCCGCCGAAAGCCAGCUGAUACGGCUGCAGGCACUGAAGCUGCUCGGCUUCUUCCUGUCACGCAGCACGCACAAGCGAAAGUAUGAUGUCAUGUCACCGCACAAUCUGUAUACGCUGCUUGCCGAACGAUUGCUACUGUAUGAAGAGUCCGUCUCGCUACCGACCUACAAUGUACUGUACGAGAUCAUGACCGAGCACAUCUCGCAGCAGAUCCUGUACGCGAAACAUCCGGAACCGGAAAGUCACUACCGGUUGGAGAACCCAAUGAUACUGAAGGUGGUCGCCACACUCAUCCGUCAGUCGAAACAGUCCGAGCAGCUGAUCGAGGUGAAGAAACUGUUCCUAUCCGACAUGACACUGCUGUGCAAUAACAAUCGCGAAAAUCGGCGCACCGUACUGCAGAUGAGCGUCUGGCAGGAGUGGCUAAUCGCGAUGGCGUACAUACACCCGAAGAACUCGGAGGAACAAAAGCUGUCCGAUAUGGUGUACUCGCUGUUCCGCAUGUUGCUGCAUCACGCGAUCAAGUACGAAUACGGUGGAUGGCGGGUAUGGGUCGAUACGCUCGCAAUCGUACAUUCGAAGGUGUCGUAUGAGGAGUUUAAGCUACAGUUCGCCCAGAUGUACGAACACUACGAGAAACAUCGGACGGAUAACAUUACCGAUCCGGCACUGCGCCAGCAACGCCCUAUCAGCACAAUCAGUGGCUGGGAGCAUGGUGCGAAUGGUAGCAACGGUACCGGUACCGGGAAGGACGGUGAGCUGGAUCUCCACGGCAAAUGCGUGAAGCAGAUUGUACCGGGUACGGCCGUUACCGGCGUUACGGUAACGCCCGGUUGCGUCUGUGAACCGGAAACGGGUGAAACGAUGAUCGAUACGAGUGUGAUUGCGAAGCAGCAGGCGAUCGGCUUUCAAACCUGUGCACCAGACGCACCGACCGGUAACGGGUACAUGCGGGGCGGUGAGGCGGAUCUGACGGAGGAAGAUGAACCGAUCCAGCACGGUGCACCGGACGGUAUAGAAGCGGAAGAGGACGAAGAUGCCGACGUGGUGGACGAAGAGGAGGAAGAGGAGGAGGACGAAGAGCAGGAUGAGGAUGAGGGUGAUGAGGAAGGUAAUUUCGGUGCAUCCGGGCAGCAUCAGCCGCGUAACGAUACCGUCACUAUUGCAAGCCAAACCACUGCAACCACCACCGAAAGUGUGGUGAAAACAAUAGUCGAUGAAAUUAUCGAUAAAUCGGCGAACAUGUUGGUGGAGCACAGUGAAGCAUCGAUGCACGAUGACGAUGACGAGGACGAGGAUGAUGAUGAUGUGCGUCAUGGUAAGGAGGCACCGGCCGAACCGACAUCCUCGCCAGUGAUUAAGGAUGAAGAGAUCGAACUGGCAGUGAACGAAGUGGUCAAGAUGAACCAGAACGCGCUGAAGCCGGUGGAAGGUGAUGAGGUGGGUUUGGGCGAUGGUGGCUCGUCGGUUGACAGUGUGAACAACAACCAGAAACUAGCAGACGACCCAUCGACCCGGGGUAGCGUGGAAACCGUCGGCAGUACGUCGGAAUCAUCCACCGUUAGUAGUUCACCGUCGGUUGCCUGUGUCAGUGAUAAAACAAAUGAUAGACCCGCACCAAUGUCGCCGGUACUACAAAGCGAACCGGAUGCACAGAAGGUAACCGCUGCUGUCGGUAGCAUCGUAGACGAACUGCUCGAUCGGUGCUUCCCGGUCGAGGAGAGCGGUGCGGACGGGGCGAUACAACGGGAUGUUCCUGCCGCGCGUGAACUAGCUGUCGAGAUGCAGGAAGUCGUCGAAUCGAUUAUAACCGAUGCGGUUGAAAAGGCGGAAAAGGUCGGUACGCCUAGCAAGACGGUGGGCGAAAGUGGAGAAGGUAACGAGCAGGAGGAAGGUGGUGGUAUGCAUCAUCAUCACCAUCACCAUCGUCAUCAUCCGCAUCAUCACCAUCACCAUCACCAUCAUCAUGUGCACGAAGGUGAGGAACAUCAGCGAAUUUCCGUUGUUUCCGAUGCGAUGGAAGGUAUGGCAAUCAAGGACAAGCAGCAGCACCGCAGCGGUAACAGCUUGAUUGAGGAGGAGGAAGAUGAUGUAGAUGAGGAAGAGGAAGAAGAGGAGGAAGAGGAAGAGGAAGAAGAGGAGGAAGAUGAUGGUGAUGUUUUGGUAGCGGAAACGGAGGAGCAGUUCGAACCGACCGACGAAGGGGAUGAGCGUGCGAUCAGCAACGAUAACGGUGGUGGUAAGGAUGGCAACACUGGCACAGCGGUCAGUGUGAAACAGAGUACCAGUAGUACGGUCGGUUCCGGUUCGAAACGUGCCGUCAGUGUGUCGACCAACACGCAACAGUAUCUCGAUGCACAGUCGCACCCGAAACAGAGCCAACCGAUUCAGCAGCAGCAGCAGCAGCAACAACAAUCGACCACCUCACAAGCGCCCGUACAAUCGAUGAGCUAUGAAGGUAGUAGUGGUGGUGCCGGUGGUGGUAGUAAACGCUCCAAGUCUGCCUCGACACGUCCGAUGUUUUCGCCCGGUCCAACCCGGCCUCCGUUCCGCAUACCGGAGUUUAAAUGGUCCUACAUUCAUCAGCGCCUGCUGUCUGAUGUGCUAUUUUCGCUCGAAACGGACAUCCAGGUGUGGCGCAGUCACUCGACGAAAAGCGUACUGGACUUUGUCAACUCGGCAGAAAAUGCCAUCUUCGUGGUGAACACCGUACAUUUGAUCUCGCAGCUCGCCGACAAUCUGAUCAUUGCGUGCGGUGGAUUACUGCCACUGUUGGCCAGUGCCACCUCACCCAACUCCGAGCUGGACGUGCUCGAACCGACCCAGGGCAUGCCGCUGGACGUAGCCGUUUCCUUCCUGCAGCGGCUUGUCAACAUGGCGGAUGUGCUGAUAUUUGCCAGCUCGCUUAACUUUAGUGAACUCGAGGCGGAAAAGAACAUGUCGUCCGGUGGCAUACUGCGCCAGUGUUUACGGUUGGUGUGUACCUGUGCGGUGCGCAACUGUCUCGAGUGCAAGGAACGGACGCGCGGUCUCUACAACGGUAUGUCGCUGAAGGACAUCCCGGGCGGCGUCCAUCUGCAAGCGCUCAUACGCGGCGCACAGUCGACGUCGAAAACGAUCAUCGAAUCACUGUCCGGUCCGAUGAGCCCGGUAAAGGAUCCGGAGAAGCUGCUGCAGGAUAUGGACAUCAAUCGGCUGCGGGCGGUCAUUUACCGCGAUGUGAAACGACUCUUUCAGGAGGAAACCAAGCAGGCACAGUUCCUGUCGCUCGCCAUCGUUUACUUCAUCUCGGUGCUGAUGGUGUCGAAGUAUCGCGAUAUACUGGAACCGCCGGUCGAGCUGCAGAUACACCGCAACUCGUCACCCGUCAUCCAUCGUUCAACGCCCACACAGGAGUCGAGCAAUAGGCCACUGUUUCCGCAAUGGUCGCACCACGUCUACCCACAGUUCCUGCCCGGAUCGCAUCCGAAUCAUCAACCGACGGUGGUGCACGGCAGCAGCAACACUAUCACAUCCUCCUCAUCGCAAACCAUUUCCUCAUCGUCCGGUUCGUCGUCUGCCGGCGGGUGUGCCAACUUACUGAACAACAACAACAAUAGCAAUCUUAUCAACAACAACAACAACAACCCGGGCGGCAUGAAUCACAAAGAUGUCGGCGGUGGUAGUUUGGUCAUCGGUGGCGCUAGCGUUAACGGUGGUGCACUGCCAAUGUACUACGGGCAUGUAGCUGCCGGUGCAAUUACGAAUGCCGCAACCAACACCAACAACACGCUUAACAACAACAACAACCAAAGCUUCGGUGCCGUUCCCGGCAGCUGUAUCUUUACCAGCGAAAUGCUCAACUGCUACUCACCGGCCGCGGCCGCAGCAGCGGCCGCCUCCGCCGCAGCCAUCGCCGGUGGCCAUCUGCACCAUCAGCAUCAACAACCGGCCCAACAACAGCAACAGCAACAGUACGCACAGCAGCACGGGCUGAACAACAACUCACUCACGGCAUUGGUGAAUGCGGGCGGCGCUGGUACAUAUGGUGCCGGCGGUGCACCGGUCGGUGGGCUUGCGCCCCAGCAGCACUUGCGAGGUGUCGGACGGGCAACCGGAACCACCGCUACGACCGGGCUUCACAACGGUGUUGUCGGUCAUACCGUCGGUGGCAAGCUAUCGAAAGGAACCCAAUCGAUGCAGGAAGGUGACUACGAAGUGAUCGUAGUGGACGAAAACAACUCCUCCGUCAUAGCGGACAACGAUUCACACUCUAGCGGUCCACUGUCAAUAAAGGCCGUUACCUCUGCAAGCAACUCGCGACGAACAUCGACCGCCAAACAACCGGACCAUCCAGUACCGUCGACUGGUGGUACUGCUAGCGUUAGCGAUCUUCAGCUCCAGUCCUGCUACCAGCAACCGAUGCUAUCGUCCGGCCUAACAACAACAACCACGGCCACUGUAACGACGACGGUGACCGCCACCAUUGCCGUGAACGAACAGCGUCCGGACGUUGUCCACAGGGUGGCACAGGGCCAACCGAAGAGCGUGGACUCUGAUGGAGGUUCGCUGAACCUUAACUCGACCGAAAACGACCCACAGGAGGUGGAAACGUCGAGCGAAAUCAUGCCGGACGACAACAAGCCGACGAACUCGAACGAUGAAAGCUGGACGGACGUGAAUCUAAAUGAUGACGUUGCGAGCGAACUGAAACCACCGCGCACAGACGGUACGGUCGGUGUGGCGGGCAACAAUGGUGGCGGUGGUACCGGUGGCGAUCGUCUCGGUUCCAUGGCCAGCACGCUCGGCAGCCGUAUGGACGGUGGUGUGGGUGGAGGUGCAAGUGUCGAUCUCGGUGGUGGUGGAGCUGGUGGUGCUGGUGGUGUAAAGCUUGAAUCUGACAUUGCGGUGGUUCGCGUACCGGACGGAUACGGUGGACAGGUGGUACCGACCGGUGGUUCGGUACGGGGUCGACCGGAGGAUCUGAACCUGAAGGCACCAUUCGUAAGCCAGCUGCCGUUGGCGUUACCAUCGCGCGAGGCAAGCCUGACGCAGAAGCUGGAAAUAGCGCUCGGACCGGUCUGUCCACUGUUGCGCGAAAUUAUGGUUGACUUUGCACCGUUCCUGUCGAAAACGCUGGUCGGUUCGCACGGUCAGGAGCUGCUGAUGGAGGGUAAAGGGCUGACGACGUUCAAGAACAGCCACUCGGUGGUGGAGUUGGUGAUGCUGCUCUGCUCGCAGGAGUGGCAGAACAGUCUGCAGAAGCACGCCGGCCUAGCAUUUAUCGAGCUGAUCAACGAAGGUCGGCUACUGUCGCACGCGAUGAAGGACCAUAUCGUGCGUGUAGCGAAUGAGGCCGAAUUCAUACUGAACCGGAUGCGGGCGGAUGAUGUGCUGAAGCAUGCCGACUUCGAGUCCCAGUGUGCCCAGACGCUGCUCGAGCGGCGCGAGGAGGAACGGAUGUGCGACCAUCUGAUAACAGCUGCACGACGCCGGGACAACGUCAUCGCAAGCCGGCUACUGGAGAAGGUGCGCAACAUAAUGGGCAAUCGGCACGGUGCGUGGGGCGAUAUGAACGCCAACUAUCAGAAGCAGAUCUUCUGGAAGCUGGACGCCUGGGAGGACGAUGCGAGACGCCGGAAACGUAUGGUGCAGAACCCGCGCGGUUCCAGUCACCCGCAGGCAACGCUGAAAGCGUCGCUCGAAAACGGUACCGCCGUGGCCACCGGUUCGACAGCAACGUCUGGUACGGUAUCUUCCGGUACGGAUGAAGCGGUCGGUGCAGAAACUACGGCACCAGGCGGUGCCCGUCCGGCCGGUGUGGCACGGGAAGAAAUCUACUCCCAGAUAGCGGUACCACGCUCACAGCAGCCCGACCUGCUAGAUGAUUCCGAGCUGCUGAUAGAGGACCGCGAGCUCGAUCUCGACCUGACCGGACCGGUGAACAUCAGCACCAAGGCGAAACUGAUCGCACCCGGGCUGGUGGCGCCCGGCACCAUGUCAAUUACCUCCACCGAGAUGUACUUCGAGGUGGACGAAGAGAACGGUGAGUUUCAGCAGAUCGAUCAGGAGGUGCUGAAGUACUGUGAUCACCUGCACGGCAAGUGGUACUUCUCCGAGAUACGGGCCAUCUUUUCCCGGCGCUAUCUGCUGCAGAAUGUGGCGCUCGAGAUCUUUCUCGCUAGUCGCACCUCGAUACUGUUCGCCUUCCCGGACCAGCAUACGGUGAAGAAGGUAAUCAAAGCGUUGCCCCGUGUCGGUGUUGGCAUCAAGUAUGGCAUACCGCAGACGCGCCGUGCAUCGAUGAUGUCUCCCCGUCAGCUGAUGCGCAACUCGAACAUGACGCAAAAAUGGCAGCGGCGCGAAAUCUCCAACUUUGAGUAUCUAAUGUUUCUGAACACGAUCGCGGGCCGUACGUACAACGAUCUCAACCAGUAUCCGGUGUUCCCGUGGGUCAUCACUAACUAUGAAUCGCGCGAGCUCGAUCUGAGCCAGCCGUCAAACUAUCGCGACCUUUCGAAACCGAUCGGUGCGCUGAACCCGAGCCGACGGGAAUAUUUCGAGGAGCGGUACGAAACGUGGGACACACCCGGUAUCCCGCCGUUCCACUACGGUACCCAUUACUCUACUGCCGCGUUCGUGCUGAACUGGUUGAUUCGCAUCGAACCAUUCACGACGAUGUUUCUCGCACUGCAGGGUGGCAAAUUUGAUCAUCCCGAUCGGCUGUUCUCCUCCGUGGCGCUGUCGUGGAAAAACUGUCAGCGCGAUACGUCCGACGUGAAGGAGCUAAUACCCGAGUGGUACUUCCUGCCGGAGAUGUUUUACAACGCGUCCGACUAUCGGUUGGGUCAGCGGGAUGAUGGCAGCACGGUUGGGGAUGUCGAUCUGCCGCCGUGGGCCAAAACCCCGGAAGAGUUUGUGCGCAUCAAUCGGAUGGCGCUCGAGUCGGAGUUUGUCUCCUGCCAGCUGCACCAGUGGAUCGAUCUGAUCUUCGGCUACAAACAGCGCGGCCCGGAAGCGAUGCGUGCGACGAACGUGUUCUACUAUCUCACGUACGAGGGUAGCGUCGAUCUGGACACGAUCGGUGAUCCGGUGACGCGCGACGCCAUAGAAAACCAGAUCCGAAACUUUGGUCAAACGCCGAGCCUGCUGCUGAUGGAACCGCAUCCACCGAGGUCGUCGGCAAUGCAUCUGUCGCCGAUGAUGUUCAACACGAUGCCGGAUGACGUGUGCAUGUCGCUCAAGUUCCAUCUGAAUUCGCCCAUCAUACACAUUUCGGCCAACACGUACCCACAGCUACCAUUGCCAUCGGUCGUCACCGUUACCGCGGGCCAUCAGUUCGCGGUAAAUCGCUGGAACUGUCAGUAUACCGCCAGCAUCCAAAGCCCGAGCUACGCUGAAUCGACACAAAACAUGAACGCUAAUCUACCGCUAACGAUGGAUCCACUGUUGUCUCAAAUUAAUGGACAUAACAGCAGCAACCAACAGAAUCGGCGCCAUCUUGGUGACAACUUCAGCCAGAAGUUGCAGAUUAAAUCCAACUGUUACGUUACCACGGUUGACAGCCGGUUCCUGAUCGCGUGCGGCUUUUGGGACAACAGCUUCCGUGUGUUUUCCACCGAAACGGCAAAGAUUGUGCAGAUCAUCUUCGGACAUUUCGGCGUGGUUACGUGUCUGUCACGAUCCGAGUGUAACAUCACGUCCGAUUGCUACAUUGCGUCCGGUUCGGCCGACUGCACAAUACUGUUGUGGCACUGGAACGCACGCACACAGUCAAUCGUUGGCGAGGGUGAGAUACCAACGCCCCGUGCUACGCUCACAGGACACGAAACGGCGGUCACAUCUGUGGUCAUCAGUGCCGAGCUGGGGCUGGUUGUUUCCGGCUCGAUAAAUGGACCAGUGCUGGUACAUACGACGUUCGGUGAUCUGUUGCGGUCGCUAGAAGCACCGAAAGAUUUUAUCUCGCCCGAAAACAUAACGCUAUCGCGCGAAGGUUUCAUCGUGGUGAACUACGACGAGGGUAGCGUUGCUGCGUACACCAUCAACGGGAAGCUGCUGCGCUACGAGUCGCACAACGAUAACCUACAAUGCAUGCUUCUGUCGCGGGAUGGCGAAUAUUUGAUGACGGCCGGAAAUAAGGGCAUCGUGGAAGUGUGGCGAACGUUUAACCUUGCACCGUUGUAUGCGUUUCCGGCGUGCAACAGCGGAAUACGUUCGCUAGCCCUCACGCACGAUCAGAAAUAUUUGCUGGCCGGUCUGGCAACUGGAUCCAUCAUCGUGUUUCACAUCGAUUUCAACCGCUGGCACCAUGAGUACCAGCAGCGUUACUGAAGCAACCGAACCUGCACCGGCACCGUACCGAACGCGCUAGUCAAGCUGGAUGUAAACCGGCAACAGCGACGACGACGUGCACCGGUCGCUUGUGCCUAACCGUUGCAAUUCCAUUUACUGGUACAAUAAUCCAUUCCAGGGCUGUCCCUUUCUCUCUUUCUCUAUCUCUCUCACUUGCUGAGCCGUUACGUUAUUAGACGUAUUGUACCGAUUUUAAGUGUGCGCCACAGUACAUGCAUCGACACUUAGAAAUUUGCCAAACUCAAUUAAUUGCAUCCCCUAAUCGCGAGAUAGUUUUAGCCAACAUGUGUGAGACAUUGGAUAGUGAGGAUAGAGUGUAAUCGAGACGGACAGUGAACGAUACCGUACUUUACUCUUACUUUUUAUCACAGACUUAGUACGGCAAUCCUCUCCCGCAGAGGAAGCGUAUUCCAAUUAGAGCGACAGCAAAACAAUGCCCCGAAACAGUUCGGAUGCUUUACGCAAAACAAAAAAAAAGCAAACGUCUGCCACCCCAGACGGAAAGGGAGAGACACAAUUGCGCAGCAUAAAAGUAUGCAAAACAUAUUCCAAUGUAAAAGUCACCGCUCACCCCCAUUCUCCCGAUGGUCUCUCCCCUCCCACACACCACCACCAUGGUUUUAUUGCAUUCACUUAGAAGCAACCGGACGCGUCAGUUGUGGAUAGUUAAUCUGCACUGAUAUAGCAUUUUAAGAAAGGAUAAGCAAAACCCCACACUAACAUACAACACAGUAACGAAACCGAAAGGAAGUUUAAAGUUUAGGUCAGCCUUUAUCGGAGCAUGCAUUAAACUGUUCGGAUCAUUGAUCAUCCGGGUAAAGUAGAGCAAGCCGAUCGGCUGUAAGAUAAAUCGUUUUAAAACAAAAUGUUCACAGAAGAUGACACAGGUGAACGAUGGAUAGGUGACUGCAGGUGUAAUCUGUCCUAGGUUCAGUAGGCCAGUUGUAUUGUGUACAUCCACAACGCCUUGAUUGUGCAACUGUCGGUACUGUCUGUACCGGCGGACUGUACGUGUAUCCGUACUCGGUUUAUUUUAGUUUUACUACAUAGGUCAGCCUUCAGCCUAACGCACUGAUUGUGUUUUAACCUCCCCAUCCUAUUCGUGGGUCAGUUUUUACGCAAUGCAUGUUGUGUGUCUGUGUGCGUAUGUGUGUACGAAUACAUCAAGGGACACCAUCUCUAUCUCUCUCUCUGUGGUUGUAUUUUUAUCAUUCCUUUUCCCCCCCGCACGUUCCAAUUACUGUGAUGAUGUAUGUGUGUGUGUGUUUGGGGAAUAAAUGUUUUGUACAAUUUGUUUGAUGUACAUUUUACGUAUAAGCAAACAUUCAUACACACGAAACGUGUGACAUUAGCUUAAUAUAAUCUGACACUAUCGGUUUACCGUAAACGAGAUACAUCGUUACUAAGAACGUACACAUACGGCUUGGGAAAGUUCUCUACCCCUCUUGUUUGGCACAACAACCGUCGAUGGUCUUGGGUUGGCAUGCUGUCUGUGUGACUUGAUUUUACCACGGACGCGGGCUCCAGAUGAGGUUUCCGCGCAGGGCCGGCUUGUCUGUUAAGUCGUACGUUACCGACUAUGCUAUAGCACCGGUAAAAUGGUGGGAAUGGAAAGUAGUAAACAAGAACGCAAUAACAUAGUUGUAAACAUUAUCGAUUUACUACCUAGACUACACAAUACACACAAGCAACCAACACAUGAACACCGAAAACCAUUUACGCAAGUUCAUUGAGUACAUGAAUGCCAAAUUGUAAAGAUUUUAAUAACAGCCUUUUAAAAAAAUCGAAUAUAAAGCAAACAAACAAAAAAGUAUAUAUAUAUAUAUAUAUAUAUAUUGAGCUAACAGGAAGUUGCUGCAGUGUGCGGGAUGUUAAUAAGGGGUUUACCUAGUAGAUAAACCGAGCAAGUAAAAAAAACAAACAAAAACCGCUGCAUUUACAUUAAACGGACGCAAGAGUGAGAGCAGUGCAAGAAUAGUGAAAUAACAAAAAAUCGCGCACACACACACGCGCAUACAAAAGCAUACGACCCAAGGUGGCCUGAGUAGCGCAAAAAGGUGGAAAAAUUCCGAAUAUAUGUGUGUAUGUGGGUGUGUGUUUGUAUGUGCAUAAUGCACCGGACGCAUAAUGCAUUCCCCCUGGUGCGAUGAGAAAAGGGAUGUAAACUACACGCACAUUGCAAGCGUUAUUAGUGGAAAGAGUCAGUAGUACUAUAACGGAAAUGACAGACGUUAAAUCGAAGGGAGAGAAGUAAACGAUGGUGUGCAGGAGUUAGAGAGAUAUGCAACAUUCUGAGGUUAUCCGUCCGCGAAUAUUUACAUUAGCCAUUACAUACAAAGGAUUAAAAAAAAAUGAGUAAAGAAACCAAAGCUGAAACGUAAAAAAAAUAUUAAUAUGAUGAAAACAAAACCCCCAACAGAACCCCAUUUUGGCCGUAAUGCGCGUUUGCAAUACAAUUAACAAUUCCGGAGCUCAGCGCGUGCGCAGAACCGUUCUUUCAAACUGUUCGCCAUGUUUUUUGGUUUUUGAUUAGUGUUUCUAAAUAGUGCGCACUUUUUGUUUGGUUUUGAUCGGUAGUGUAAACAACGUUGAAAAACAAACAAAGCAAAAUACGCGUACGUUUGACUAAGCAAAACAACAAAAAACAAAACAUACCGAAUCGCUACUAAACGUAAAACGAGUCGUAGAAAUGAAAAGGAUAGCGGUAAUGAGCGAAAAAGGAUAGAAGAGAAAAAAAAAUGCAACUAACGCAAAACCUUAUUUCACGUGCCAAAAUAAUAUUAAAUAGAACAAUAUUAAACAAUACAAGUGAAAGUUUUGAAGCGUGUGCGAUGCGAUACAUCAAAAAACGAAAUCAGCAGCUAUGAAUUAGAGGAAGAAGAAUAACACACACACAUAAAUAAGUAAAACCGAAGCAAAACACACAAAGUAAAAGUGGAAACAUGGAAGCAGAAACAAAUAACAGACUCAACGGCAAAGCAAACAUUAAAUGAAAGACACACAAAAAACAAAAAUCCUGCCUAAAUGUGCUCGUGUAGUGUUUAAACAACAACAAAAAAAAAGUACUUAAUGGAAAAAGCAAAACAAAAACAAAAAAAAACAUAAGUUUGAUAACGCUUAAAACAGCAACAUUAAUUAAACGUCUUAAGCUACGACGGGAUAUAAAGAAAUCGAACCAGAACGAUAGGAGCUGACAAGAUUAGAGAGAAAGGGGUGAAAAAUAGAGGGAAGUGAGGAAAAUGUAAAAGCGCGAAUGGCUUGUACCAAAAAGCAAAACAAAAAAAAACAUACAGGCUAGCAUUUGAUACCGAGGAACUUAUGUGCAUCCCA